UCAGUGCUGGAGCUGCUGAAAGCAGGAAUGGGUCGCUUGUCACGUACAGAGCAGCAGGCGAGAGCAGGCUAGGAAAUCCUGCACCCCCACCUUCCCAGAAGCUCAUCCACCUCUCAUUACUGGAGGCUGUUGCUAGUCCAGGACCUGCACCCAGCUCCACUCUGUCUGCCAGGCAGGUUUGAUUGGCUAUUUUUAUGGUCCCUGACAUGGUGGAAGAGUCUUCAGAGAUGGUUAUGGAUACAGAAUCUGAAGACCCGAGUUCCAAUGCGACGCAUGCAACAACCAUUUCGGACCGGCACUUUUUGCGACACUCCGACAAAAUUCCGCCAGUAAAGCCAUGUUUCAAAAAAAAGCAGACUUCUAAACUACUAGACGCAGACACGCUUCAUGCAUUGCGGCCAAUAUUUAGUAGUUUUUUAGGAUCAGGGACUCUUAAUGAAAUAUUUGUGCCUGGGAAUGCUAAUAAUUUAUGUGACCCUCAUGUGAAGAAGGCAUUGGAGGUUGAACAACAAGAUCCUCAGGAUGACUCUCUAAUUUCUGCAAAUCAGAGUCUUGAUCCAGCAAUGGAUCAUACACCCUCUGUUUCUUCUACACAGAAAGACAUUACAGAAGAACCUCCAAGCGUAAUUGAAACCGAACCAGCCUUCCCCACUGAAAGCUCUAGUGUAAUUGCUGCUAACACUGCCAACGAGGCUUUCGAAGAUUCUCUCUUGCAGGCAAACCCAAGUGAUUCUGCCAGGCCUGACUGCUUGGAUAAGACCGCUGGAACCUGCUCCGAAGGGUUAUUUCAGAAUAUCGCCUGUCUGGACCAAUACAACUUGAACCAAGCUAAUUCAAACACUGGAAUAUUUCAGGACAAAACGGACGAGGCUUCUCUUCUUUUAGUAUUUGAGCUUUUAAACCAACUGCAGUACCAUGUCCAUCUGAAAGAUGGGAUAGAAAUUUGUGUGGAUUUCCUACAGGGAUUAUGUUUUUAUGGUAAAGAUUGCCCAAAUCAUCACACAGUAUUACCGUAUCACUGGCAGGUUCGGAAGAGCGACACCGGCGUCUGGCAGAGUUUGAACGAUGAUUCACAAGAGCAUGUAGAAAGGCUAUACUGCAGUCCUGACAGUGACCGAAUUAAAAUGAGAUAUCAGGGACAUGAAUUUAUAGUAGACUUGAACUGUAUGAGCAUUUAUGAAUCUCUUGUAUUUGACCAAAUCAGACGACUGUCAACACCAUGUACCUCUACUGAAAUCAAUAAUUACCAUACUGUGUGGAAAUACUUCUGUCGAGACCACUUUGGAUGGAGAGAGUAUUCUGAGCCCGUUGUGAAACUUAUAGAAGAGGCAAAUGUUAGAGGACUAAAGGAAGUGCGUUUUGUCACGUGGCACAAUCAGUACAUACUGAACAUUAAAGAUGGCUUCCAACAGAAUGCGUGUUUCAGGAAGGAAAUAAAACGGAGGCCGCUCUUUCGAUCUCCUGUACUGCUUUUGCCGCAUUUACAGACACUUGGUGGAGUAGCACCAUUAAACACCCAAAUGAAUGACUCUGCUUCUACCCAAGUCCUAUCUCCUGUUGCCAUCACAUUUCCAAACUUCUAUCCAGAAACCUGGAUCCCUAUGGAUUCUGCUCAAGAGUUCACUCAAGUGCCUAUGUCCAAGGAAGACAAGAGCUACAGAACAGUUUACGCCCUUUUCCACAAAAGUGUUCCCGAGACCAAAUUUCAAAUUGUAAAAAUACUGCGUGUUCAGAAUCUCUUUCUAUGGGAAAAAUACAAAAGGAAGAAAGAAUUCAUGACAAGGAAAAUGACAGGACUAGACAAGAUAAUGAAUGAAAGACAUUUAUUCCACGGGACCUCCCAGGAUGUUGUUGAUGGGAUCUGCAAACACAACUUUGACCCCAGAGUGUGUGGCAAACAUGCCACCAUGUUUGGACAGGGCAGUUACUUUGCUAGAAAGGCAAGUUAUUCCCACAGUUUUUCAAAGCGAUCCCCUAAAGGAGUUCACUACAUGUUCCUGGCUAAAGUAUUAACCGGAAGAUAUGUAGUAGGAAAUCAUACAAUGAGGAGGCCUCCCCCUCUGAAUCCAGCAAGCAUAACCAGUGACCUCUAUGACUCUUGUGUAGAUAACUUUUUUGAUCCUCAAAUUUUUGUUAUAUUUAAUGACGACCAGAGCUAUCCUUAUUUUAUCAUACAGUAUGAAGAACUUAGUACCACUGUUUCAAUUUAAAAAAAAUAUUCUGCUGCUUACAAGUUUCCUAGGAACUGUUUGUUUGUUUGUUUUUUUUAAUUGUGAAUGGGAAAACGGUGAGAUGAGAAAAAAAAGGAAUUGCAUUUAAAAACCAAGAAAAACAAAACUGUGAACAUUAAAAAGAAAAAAACAAAAAAACUUGUUGCUAUAUUAUGUGCAUAUUGUAAAUAACUUUCAUUGUUAAUAAAUUGUGUGACCUUGUUAAUAAAACAAUGUUUUAUUUAAGCAUUUUA